UCCUCGCGGCGGACAUUUUGUUCGCUCCUAGUGGAGAUCUCGGAGCGGAGCUUUGGGAACGCCAGUACGGUUCAGAGUGACCGAAGCGGAAAGGCACGAGAGGAGACCCUGUGUCCAUUGCAGAAAGGCUCGGGGGUGGCAGCGCGCGCGAAGGCUCCGCGGCCAGGGCCAGCCCACGGCGGCGCGUGGGUCCCGACCUGGGACUCCUCACGGGUCCCUGUGGUCCAGAUUGUGAUGGCGGCGGCCGCGGUGAUGGAUCCCGCGUAGGUGGGUACUUUGUUCCCCGACCCUGAGGCGUUUCGGUCCUUCACUCUGAAUCACGAAGCCACGAACAAGGGGCGCCUGUUGAGGUCGUUGCAGCUCCGGCUCCGGUGUUCUGGGCCGUGGGGGCGUUGGUGUGGGGAGCCCCUUCCUAGCAGCCGGUGCGGUGAGCCGUCGAAGUGUCCCUAGGCGACCGACGAUCAUGAGCAACGGCUUGGAGGCGCGGCUGAGCCGGAGGACUCCGGAAACCGGGCCCUGGGGUUUGCAGGGAGCCUAGAGGGCGAGCGGCGGCCCUGCGUGGAAAGGCUGCGUGAGCCGAGGGUGCCCUCGCGGCGGACCGCUGGGAGCCGUGGGGGAGCAUGAUGUGAGCUGGCUCAGGCAGGUGGGUCCCGGCGGGCUGGCUGACGGGCGAGGAGGCCGCCGACUCCUGGAGUGUUGUGGCUGCACCAGAGCUGCGGGGGGAGGUGGGAGUUGGAGAAGGGGAUGUUAGAGGUGAAACCGACGGGAUUCUUGCCCUGUCGGGUAACGGCGGUGCGGGAAGACCGAGUGGAGGGCCGGAGCAGUUUGUGUCCCGGGGAAUGCAUUUUGGACGUUGUAAAGCUCCUCUCGGAGAGGAGGUGGCCCAUGGGCAUCUGGCCGUGCGUCGGGGAUUCUGGCGGGGGCUGUGUUGGAGACCACUGAGGGAGGAGGCCCCGGGUCGAAGCCUGGAGGUGAGAUGCCCAGGAAAGAUAUUAACGGUGUUUUUACCUCAGGUGAUUCUUGAGGCGAGAGAUUGGAGGGCGGGGGAAGGGGGUCAUCCUUCAUCCCCUCCAGAGGGAAGCAUGGGAAGGAGUUCUGGCUGGUCUCCGCGGGAGGAGAGGGCCGUGGGGUGUAAGGAGCCCGGCCUGAGCCGCAGAGGCAGGCGUGACCUGCUGUCGGUUUGCCGUUCCGUGGACUCAGCAGCGGCCGGCCUGUGGAGGAGACGAAAAGCCAGCCUCAGCCGGAUCCAGGGCCCUGCUACCCCGGUUCCCAGCUCUCGGGCGAGCAGAGAUCAUGGGCAUCUCUCAUGAGGGGCCACCAGCAGGCUCACCUUCAGGGGUGUGUACCAGGUUGCCCUGAUGGUAGAAGCACUGGGGAUCUCUGUAUAGGGUUAACCAGAUUUUCUGAUGUGGAUGGUGAGAGAAACAAUGGGAAGAGUCAGGGAUGAUUCCACAGCUUUCAAAGUUUUGGGCCUGAGCAGAUCCUUUGUGGUUCCUGAACUUAGGGGAAAGAACUCAGUGCCUGAGAGGUCAUGACUCUAGCCAUGGCAGGAGGGACGUGGACAGGCCCUGGUUGUUGGUGUGCAGUGGAGGAUGAAGAGGUGCCUUCUGAGCAGAGCAUUUCUGUAGAAGUGUCACAGGAUAGUAUCUCCAAGGCAGGUUCAUCAGCCCAGAUGGCUCACCCUUGUGACACAUGUGGCCCCGUCUUGAAAGAUAUCUUGCACCUGGAUGAACACCAGGAAACACGCCAAGGACUGAAACCUUACACAUGUGAGGCAUGUGGGAGACAGUUCUGGUUCAGUGCAGACUUUCUUCAGCACCAGAAGCAAUACAAUGUAGAGAAGCCCUUAAGAAGAGACAAAGGCAAGACCUCAUUUAUGAAGAACUGUAGAGUUUGUGAAGAACCUCACCUGUCAGAAAAGCCUUUACGAUGUGAGGAGGAGAACUUCCAGGCCAGUUUGGGCAGUCACCAGCAAAAGGCCAUCCACAGCAAGAAGAAGACAAGGAGCACCAAGAGCGGGGGGGCCUCUCACAGUGGACAUAUGCAUUACAGGUGCAGCGAAUGUGGGAAGGCCUUCAACCGCAAAGACACACUCGUCCAGCACCAGAGAAUCCAUACUGGAGAAAGGCCUUACGAGUGCAGUGAAUGUGGGAAAGCCUUCAGCCGCAAAGCCACCCUUAUCCAGCACCAGAGAAUCCAUACUGGAGAAAGGCCUUACGAGUGCAAAGAAUGUGGGAAAGCCUUUAGUCGCAAAGACAACCUUACUCAGCACAAAAGAAUCCACACUGGAGAAAUGCCUUACAAGUGUAGUGAAUGUGGAAAAUACUUUAGCCAUCACUCCAACCUAAUUGUACACCAGAGAGUUCACAAUGGAGCAAGGCCUUAUAAGUGCAACAAUUGUGGGAAAGUCUUCAGACACAAAUCCACACUUGUUCAGCAUGAGAGUAUCCAUACUGGAGAAAAUCCUUAUGUUUGCAGUGAUUGUGGGAAAUCCUUUGGCCACAAAUACACCCUCAUUAAACACCAGAGAAUUCACACUGAGGCAAGGCCUUUUGAGUGCGUCGAAUGUGGGAAAUUCUUUAGUCGAAGCUCUGACUUUAUUGCACACCAGAGAGUUCACACAGGGGAAAGGCCGUUUGUGUGCAGCAAGUGUGGAAAAGAUUUCAUCAGAACAUCUCACCUUGUUAGGCACCAAAAAGUUCACACUGGAGAAAGGCCAUAUGAGUGCAAUGAAUGUGGGAAAGCCUAUAGUUUAAGCUCCCACCUCAUUCGGCACCAGAAAGUUCACACUGCAGGGAGGCUGUAGGCAGGCUUUCAACGCAGCGGGACUCAUAGGGAGAGGAGCUCUGCGAGGACCCUUUGAGAGGAGGACAUCAGUGAGGUGUUGUUCCUCCUAUAUCAGCGUUAACACCUGAGAUGGGUUAUGAAUGCCAGGUACAGGGAAGCUCUCAUGGGUUGCGUUGCACUUUGAGACAGGUCCUUGCCAGAUUUGUCACUCAAUGCCUGUGGCUAACACCAUCUCAGCUCUAUCAGCUUACUUACCAUAAUGUCCUCAGGGAAGGUAGAAUCCUGAAUUAAAUAGGAUUUCUCAUUUCUUCCCCCACUGACUGAUUAAAGGUGUGGACCUUACUGUACAUCCUUAGCCAAGAGGAUCUGAGCUGUGUUCUGGCUUACAGAAAAGGUUUACUUUCUUCCUGGACACUGUUGGUCUCAUGGGGUACUUGUGACAGAUUUUCCAGUCUCCAAGUCACUCAUCCUGGAGAACUACUUGUCUUACGUUGCUCUGGUUUCUGUGAUAAUAAAGACCUUGUUAUUAUUUAAGCCA